CCAUCUCUAUAUCUAAGCCAGAUGGAAAAGAGAAGAAUGAAGAAAGCUAACUUCUUUCCUUCCUCAACCUCUACCCUCUCUUCAACCCGAUUCGCUCGCAUUACCCAAAAGCUAGGUAAAGCUCACAACUUUCCCCUUCAUUUUACGAAACCCACAUUCCAGAAUCUCGACAAGUUCAUCAGAAAUCCUUAAAAAGAGAGAAUGGAUUCUACUAAUAGCCAUCAAAGGCUCCUAGCUGUGGGUGAUUACUUGUUCAUGAGAAGGAGCUGCUUGCAGCUGGUGACCACAUUCUCCCUCUUCUCUCUGCUGAUCUCCGUCUCUUGGGUCACUAGUGGUACGAUUGCCAAGAGUUAUGUGUACAUCAAGUUCAAUCCUUUCUUCUCGUCCUUCUUCACGCAUACCCUUGAGAGGAAGUACAUGUUCUUGGUCUUCUAUGGGAUCCUUGCUUUCCUUGCCACUUCCUCAUCGUCAGCUUCCGCCACAUCCAUAUCCACCACCAAUAGCAAUAGUACUAGAAGCAACAUUUCGUCAGAAUCUUCGGCUUCUUAUGCUCAUCAUCAUGAGGAGGAGGAGGAACUGGUGGUGGAGGGUUCCGCCGCUGUUGAUGAUUGUGAUGAGAUUGAUGAUGAUUCUGAUGUGGAAGAGUGUGAUCAGGAUGCCCAUAAUCAGGUUGCUUCAGAAGAGAAGGUGAAGGUUCAAGAUGGAGAUUGUAAUAGUCAAAUUCAACAUCAAGGAGUAGAAGUAGAAGAAGUGGAAGAGGAAGAAGAAGAAGAAGAAGAAGAAGAAGAAGGGUCAGAACUGGAGGGAGAGGGAGCGAAUGGCGAAGAGAAUGGAUGUAGCACAGAGGAAAUGAACUCAAGGUUUGAUGAGUUGAUUAGGAAGAUGAAGGUAAGAAUGAUGUCUGAAUCCAAACAGCAGAAGCUGUUGCAGCAACUCAUAGACUCUGUCCAAUUACUGUAACUCAAAUGUGUGUAUUGAAUUAGUUGGGAUUAUUAACCAUAUGAUUCAAGCAUAGUAUAUUGAUAUGAAUGCAGCAGAAGCUUCUGAUUUUUAGUUUGAAGGCACUCAUGUAAUGAAUACUAUAUGGAAUGUGAUUUUCCAACAACUCAAAUUGAAUUGUUUUCAAAUGUGUUUUUGCAAUAACUAGAAUUACUAAUUAUACGAAUUUCACGAAUAAGAAUGGAGACCAAUCUCGAUAGGGUGGAUUACACUGAACUCCAAUGGUCCAGUAAUUUCUGCAACUAUUGACAUCUGUAACUAUAAGACCAACCAACCUAAAGAGACAGAAUAUUACUGUUACUCGUUGCCCGUUGGUGCAUUUGUGGAAUGGGGCAAACGUGUAAGAUGAAUUGAUCUACAGUGAUACCAGGCUAGCUAUCUACUAGAACCUUCAAAGUGGCCUCCCAUUCAUUCAUUGCACAAAUAACUGUUCCUUUAUUUCUCCUUAUUAAUCUUUAGUUUUAUCUUCAGGAAUACGAUAUCGUUUUGUAUGCAUUCCAAACUCAAAGGUUUACUGUACAUGCUUGAUAGAUAUAUGGUUGAUGCAGCCCAGAGUUUAGGAGCAAAUAACAGUAACAUGUCCCU